UCUCGAAACUCCAUUUGACCAUCCCUCCCUUUUAGAACACUUUUAAACUCCCAUUUUUUCGUGAAGUCAUUUCAUCAAACAUUGUAACAGCUAUUAUUCUCGAUCAUGAGUAAAUCUUGUGAUAAGAGCUCAAAUGAUGAACCCAUUUCAUUGGAAGUGAGCUUUGAGGAUCUUAGCAUCAAUAACAGUCCAAGCAUUGAUUUUUGUAGCAGUACUGUAACUGGGUCUGAUAAUGUUAGUGUAGGCAGUAGUAAAAUAAGUGAUGCAGGUUUGGUGGAUUUUAAGAAUGUUAAGGUGAAUGAAGGUGAGGAAGAAUAUGUGAACAGUGGGAAGAGUAGUUUAAGUUCCGUUAGUAUUUGUAAUAGUGUGGACGUGAAUGAAGCUAGUUUUAGGAGUGUUUGGUCAUCAAAACCUCACGGGGGGAAUGACUCGCGGUGGGUUGCAAUACAAAGUGUGCAGCCUAGAGAUGAAGAGUUGGGUAUAAGGCAUUUUAGGCUUCUGAAGAAAUUGGGGUUUGGGGAUAUUGGGAGCGUUUAUUUAGCGGAGUUGAGGGGUACGGGAUGCCUAUUUGCUAUGAAAGUAAUGGAUAAAGGGAUGUUAGUCAAUAGGAAGAAAGUUGUAAGAGCUCAAACUGAGAGGGAUAUCUUAAGUUUAUUGGAUCAUCCUUUCCUUCCUACGCUUUAUUCACAUUUUGAGACGGAGAAGUUUUCGUGUUUGCUCAUGGAGUUUUGCAGUGGUGGAGACCUGCAUUUGCUUAGGCAGCGUCAACAGGGCAAGCAUUUCUCAGAGCAAGCAACAAGGUUUUAUGCUUCAGAAGUGUUGCUAGCUCUUGAGUAUCUGCACAUGAUGGGAGUUGUAUACAGGGACUUGAAGCCUGAAAAUGUUUUGGUGAGGGAAGAUGGACAUAUUAUGUUAUCAGAUUUUGACUUAUCACUAAGAUGCUACGUGAAUCCCACCCUUGUUACAUCCAGCAAUGAUCCAUCUUGUGCAAUCUCUUCAUAUUGCAUUAAGCCAUCAUGCAUUGAUCCAGCUUGCAAAUUCCCAGUUUGUGUAGAGCCUUCUUGUUUCCAACCCUCUUGCUUUAAACCUCGACUUUUUAACUCAAAAACA